UGUUUAUGUUGCUUCUGUCAGAGAGAGUGUGUACGUGAGAGAGAGAGAGAGAGACAGAGAGGCGUAAAUCAAAGGCGAAGGAUGGGAAGCACACCCACCGAUGAUGAUUUGCUUCUCAAGAACUUCUACGCCGAAGUCAGCGAAGUCGAGAGGGAUAACGAAGUGCUCAGGAUCCUCUCCUGCUUCAAGUUAAAUCCAUUUGAGUAUCUAAGGCUACCAUUUGAGUCAUCCGCAGACGAUGUUAAAAAGCAGUACCGUAAGUUAUCUUUGCUGGUCCAUCCUGAUAAAUGCAAGCAUCCACAAGCAAAAGAGGCAUUUGGAGCAUUGGCAAAAGCCCAACAACUCUUACUUGAUGAACAGGAAAGAGAUUAUAUUCUUAGCCAAGUGAAUGCAGCUAAAGAGGAACUUAGAAUAAAGAGGAAGAAGCAGCUAAAGAAAGAUACAGCUUCUAAAAUUAAGUCAUUGGUUGAAGAGGGAAAAUAUGAGCAAAUGUAUGAACAGUCAGAGGAGUUCCAGCAGGAGCUGAAAUUGAAGGUUCGAGAAAUCUUAACACAACAGGAAUGGCGAAGGAGAAAAAUGCAGAUGAGGAUAUCGGAAGAGGAAGGUAGAUUGAAGAAGGAUGAAGAAGAAACAAAAGAGAUGUGGAAGAGAAAGCGUGAGCAUGAAGAGCAGUGGGAAGGAACAAGAGAACAGAGGGUUUCAAGCUGGAGAGAUUUUAUGAAGAGUGGAAAGAAGGGGAAGAAGGGUGAAAUUCGACCUCCAAAGCUUAAGACAGAAGACCCCAAUAAAUCAUAUGUUCAAAGGCCUGUAAAGCGAGGUUAGCUGACAAAUCACCGAAAGAAGGCUGCUCUCUCCAUGCAGGCUGACAUUUGUAUCAACGAUUGACUUUUUCUAUUAACAUAUUUAUUAUUGUGUCGACAGCAGACGUAAUUGGAACAACUUCUCUACGCUCAUUGUAAGGAAUAACAGAUUAUAAUUAAAUAGAUAUAAUAGAGUAGAAUUUGUGA